CACAAGACCCGAUUGCCUCGCAGCUCAUGCCAGGCAAGACAGCCCGAAAGAGGAUUCUCGAAGUGAGGACCUACAACCGACAGUCUCCCUUCCUGUCUCGGAAGUGCAAGUUUGCAGGGACCGCUCGGAGAGCCCAGUUUGCAAGGCCUUUGUCUGACGGACUCCCAUGCAAACGCAUUAUACUUGUGCAGCAACCACCAGGCCACUGAGAGCUGAUAUCCCCCUCUAUCCCCUCUAUCCCCCCUGCCAUACACGGCAACCACCCACCCGACCAUCAGCUCAAUGAAGAAGACGCCUUUCCUCGCUCUUCUCGUCUCUCUGUUGCUGUCGAGGGUUCGGGGCAGUCGCUUCGCGAGGCGUCAGGAGCUCCACGUGUGGCGGCAGCGAAGGCGCGGUGAUGCUACUUCCUUCUCUGACGGAGCGGUUGUCAACCCGUGGGGGCCGCUGGAUGGUCGCCAGGAGUCCUUUUCUUCCCUCGCCACCAUGACCAACAGCACCUCACGUAUCGCACAGGAGGCCUCUCGACUGCAGCCCGGCUUCGGCCUCAUCGGCGGGCUGCCGCCCCUAGCAGGAAGCGGUGGCGGUCAAGCACUAGCAGGCCUUUCGACUCCACUUAUCAAGGCAACGCCAGGGCCCUGGCAGGCUUAUCCGGCUUAUCCCGCUGUCAACCAGACCGCCUCCCAGUGGGGGGCGACCAACGUGCCUCAAGCGGCUGUGGGCAGCUAUGCGGCCUUCCUGUCUCAUCUUCAGAACCAGCAGAGUGCUCAGCAGAUCCUGGGCGGAGCGCAGCGUGUGCAGGGGCAGCAGCGGUCAGCAGCGCAGGCAGCCCUCAAUGCGGAUCGGCGAGACAUACACAGGGCGGCUGCCGUCACUGGCUCGAAGCGUGAGCCGAAUGAAGACCCCAACGCCGCCUCCCCCGCACCAUCCACCACUGAAAGUCAAGGCGCCCCACCUGCUGCCACUGCCCCGACAAACAUGUCGGCUGCCGCCAAUGCAAAUGCGAAUGUGAAUGCCAAUCCGCCACCAGCCGAUGCCGCAGCUGCUACAAACGCUUCCCCCUCCCCUGCGCCUUCCACUGCCGGCGAAGCAAACGCCCCUGCACCCGCCACGCCCGCAGAGACACAGCCGCCCACCGAGCCAAAGAAGGAGGAGGCGUCACCAGCAGCAGCAGCAGCUGCAGAGGCGGCCAGCCAGCCGGUGAGUGAGGCACCCACGACAGGGCCACCGGCUGCAGGUGGCGGUGGUGGUGAGCCACCCCCGCCGGGUGACCGGACGUGUUUGGACCGCAACAGCACAGCGUGUGAGGCGGACGGUGUGUGCUUCUGGGACUCUGGAUACGGCAAGUGCUUCUACAAGUGCAACCUCAUGAACUCGCAAUCCACCUGUGACCCACUCAUCGAAUGCAGGUAGGUAGGCACUCUAGGGAGCAGGGCAGGCAGCAACAGGCUGUCUCCCGCGCUCCUCUGCCCGACCCGAUCAGGUGGCUGGCUCCCGAGGCCCGGCGGCCGGGGGAGCCCCAAUGCGCGCAGGAGUGUUUCUCCUAUCGGUUCCCCCCGUAUGAGGACGGUUUCGUCAAGAAGUUCAAGACAGAGAUGCUCGAGCAGGAUAAGGCGCAGAAGCGAGUGGAGGACACCCUCAACAAGGCCAUCGAGGCCAACAAGAGCGACAAGCCUUCCCUCGCCACCAAAAUGUGGCAACUCCUCUUUGGGGACCCCAAAAAGAAGCAAGAAGACGCAGACAAACAAGACAACAAAGACAAAGACAAAGGCAAAGAAAAAGGCCAAGAAACCAAGGGUCCCGCUCCUCCGUCUUUUGUCGAGACAUCAGCCGCCACGGAGGUGAUGAGCGGCACGGGCACGGGCAGCUUGGUGGACCUGCACAUGGCCGGCCUGCUGGGCACCUCCCUCUCCCUAGAAAUGAGCAUGACCGAUUCGGUUCUGAGGAACCGCCUGGCCGACCUGAUGGAGAGCGAGGACAUGACGCGAGACCUCCCGCCCCCGCCGCUGCCGUGGCUGGGCAAGUACCGGAUGUGUGGCUACUGCAUGAACAAGCAGGCCUGUGACGAGAUGGAGUACACCUUCAAGCAGCGGGCCGUGGCGGUGGGCCGGUCGGACCCUUUGGAGAACUUCCACUGCCACUGGGGGCAGGUGGGCGAUGCAUACGAGGCGUGUGUCGACCUCAGUGACAACUUCAAGAACCAAUAUGAGGUCUCACAGGCCGUCUCCGAAGCACUCGCACGGGGCGCUGGUGAGUAAGUGGGGUGGGUGAGGGUAGGCUGUGGUAUGUUGUGAUGUGUUGUUCUGUGUCGCUCUGUGGCGCAUGGUGGGCGUUGGUGCAGGUGUCUCGUCUGAUGAGACGUCGGGUGAGCAGUGCCCCGGGCAGUGCUACUCGCCAAACAUCGACCCAGCAGCAGGGAAGGCAGUCGACGUACCACGGUAUGUGUGUAUGUGUGCGCACGCAUGAGACACAGAUAGACAGACAGACACCGAAGCAACACCAUCACACCAUGCAUGUCUCACAGCAACGCGGUUCACGAGCCAAUGGAGAAGCCGUGUUACGCAGUGGGUGAGAAGGUCAAGGCCGUCUGCAACGCCAAGUACAAGCCCACCAAUGCAGAGGCCACAUGUGUCCACAUCCGGCAGGACGCGCCGCCCAACGACGCCACCGAGACGGACGACAAGGGCAGCCCCAAGCCACGGAGGGAGCUGAGGCCGCGAUUCCCCGGGGAGAGAGACCCCAGCUGGGACGUGGGGGUGGACUGUAUAGAGAGUGCCGGGGUGCGCUUGUGUAUGUCUAAAGGGUGGGCUUUGGUGACGGUGGGGGGGGUGGUCCUUGCCACCGGCCUGUUCUUCCUGUGACCCUGUGAGCCUGUGAGCUGGGCCGAUCGAUUGAGUAAGCUAGGCACUCACUGUUGAUGAGCGAACGAAUGAACAAAUGAAUGAUGUGGCUGGCGAGCUGUAGCUAGGACCGAUAGAUAAGUCUGUUGCGUACCGUACACGGCAUGCGCGUGCAUUUCUUCCGUUGACUGUGUGUAUUGUAUGUAUGCGCGCCUUGUAAGCGUGGCCUGGGUGGGUGGGCGUGAGAGAGUAUGGGCGGGUGACUUACUUGUCAAGAUUCGUU